AUGGCGAAUACCUUUCAGAAAAUCGAUCGCUCGUUAGAGCACCUCACGACUACCGGGUGUCUCAAGCCCAAGAAUUUGCGCUACGCUUGCGCUUCUAGCGGUCUCAUCUGCGGCACCCUCUUCUUCCUUGCCUUUAUCGCAUCCGAUUUUCUUCCUCCGCCUAGCCCAUGGUGGACGCCAGAGCGCACCGCCGAGCACUACGCCCGCCAUCAGAAAGGCGUACACGCAGGCAGCGUUCUGUUGAUGUUCUCGGGAACGUUCUUCUUGCCUUAUACCGCCAUCAUAUCAGACCAGAUGCGCCGCAUCCCCAACAUCCCCUGGGUUCUCCCGCAGCUACAGCUCGCAUCUGGCAUUGCAUCUACGAUCGGCUUCUUCAUGCCCGGAAUGCAGCUGGCAGCGACAGCAUUACGGAAAGAUCGUGAUCCGAAAUUGAUCGAGCUAUCAAGCGACAUGUUUUGGAUGUUUGCAGUGAUGCCUUUCCAGACCUUUAUCUUAAUGUCCUGGGCUUGGUCUUACGCCAUCAUAAUUGAUAACCGACCGAAACCGUUGUAUCCUAAAGCAAUGGCCCUUGUCAAUUUGGUGUCGCCGGCAAUGUUCCUCUGGUCGGUGGCUAUUCAUACUACUCUGCAUGGACCAUUUGCUUGGAAUGGCGCGUUAGGCUUCUGGUUGCCUCUCGUUGCUUUCGGACUACAAUUCUUAGGCGACACAUACUUCUUAUUCAGGGCUAUUCAUCGGGAUGAUCUCGAAAACGAUAGGGUUGAUUCGCCGAUCACUGAAUGUAGUGAGACCACAUAG